ACACUGACAAGAUGCAGGAUUCAAAGCCCGAUCACAAUCCUGCGAUGGGGAGCUCAGGAGACAAUGCAGCAGCCUCAGCGGAGGCCUCCCAGGCCACUAAGGAAAAUAAAGAUAUUCUAGAGGUGACGGCAAUGGAGCAGUCUCCGGAACAGGAUUCUGUACCCGGCGUGGAGGAGGCAGCUGAACCCCCUCCAAAAACAGAGCCAGAGCCGCCGCUGCCCCCAGAGUUUGACAAGUACUGGAAGGCCGUGGAGGCCAACCCUGAGGAGUUCACAACUUGGACUUAUCUGCUGCAUUAUAUUGAACAAGAGAAUCACAUCUAUGCUGCCCGAAGAGUGUUUGACAUGUUUCUUGCUCAUUAUCCAUACUGUUACGGUUACUGGAAAAAGUAUGCCGAUCUGGAGAGACGCAAUAACAACAUAUUGGAAGCCGAUGAGGUCUACCGGAGAGGAAUUCAGGCCAUCACAUUAAGUGUUGAUCUUUGGAUACAUUAUCUACAGUUCUUAAAAGAAACGUUAGAUCCUGUGGAUCCCGAGACAUGUAAUACAUUAAGAGGGGGAUUUGAGCAUGCAAUCAUGUCUGCAGGCUUAGAUUUUCGAUCAGACAAGCUGUGGGAGAUGUACAUCACCUAUGAGACUGAGCAGGGAAAUCUAAGUGGUGUCACCUCCAUUUACAGUCGCCUGCUUAGUAUUCCUACACAUCUCUAUGCUCACCAUUUCCAGAAGUUUAAAGAUCACAUUCAGGGAAAUCUGCCUAGAGAUUUCUUAACGUCUGAAAAGUUUGUUGAGCUGCGACAAGAGCUGGCUGAGAUGAGACAACAAAGUGGAGUAAAAGCGGAUUACCCGACUGGCCUGGAGGAGAUAACUGACCCAGCAAAGCGCACGACAGAAGUCGAAAACAUGCGACAUAGAAUUAUUGAGGUGCAUCAAGAAAUAUUCAACCUCAAUGAGAAUGAAGUCCAUAAGAGGUGGACCUUUGAGGAAGGCAUUAAACGGCCCUACUUUCACGUAAAAGCGUUGGAGAAAAUCCAGCUGAAUAACUGGAAAGAAUAUUUGGAGUUGGAGAUGGAGAAUGGGUCACAUGAGCGUGUAGUGAUCCUGUUUGAGAGAUGCGUCAUUGCCUGCGCCCUCUAUGAGGAGUUUUGGAUCAAGUAUGCCAAGUACAUGGAACGACACAGUGCUGAGGGGGCGAGACAUGUCUACACUCGGGCUUGCACCAUCCAUCUACAGAGGAAGCCUUUGGCUCACUUACUGUGGGCUGCAUUUGAGGAACAACAAGGUAACAUCGAUGAAGCCAAAAAUAUUUUAAAAACAUUAGAACAGUCCACUGACAGCCUGGCGAUGGUUCGGCUGAGGCGAGUGAACCUUGAAAGGCGACAUGGAAACCUAAUUGAAGCGGAAAACCUGUUGGCGGAGGCCAUGAAAAACGCAAAAUCCAACAGUGAAUACUCGUUUUAUGCAAUAAAGCUUUCCCGCCACUAUUCCAAAAUUCAGAAGAAUAUCGGGAAUGCAAAGAAAGUAUUAAAUGAUGCCAUUCAGAGAGAUAAAGAAAACACAAAGUUGUACCUCAAUCUGAUUGAUUUGGAGUUCAAUGGAGACGUGAAACAAAACGAAGCCAACAUCUUGUCCCAUUUUGAUAAAGUCAUUAAGAGCUCAAUGCCAUUAUCUACCCGAGUUGUAUUUUCACAGAGGAAAGUGGAGUUCUUGGAGGACUUUGGAUCAGAUAUCAACAAAUUGCUGACCACCUAUGAUGAACAUCAGAAACUAUUAAAGGAACAAGAUAAUCUGAAGAGGAAGUCUGAAAAUGGGUUGGAACAGAUGGAUGCUAAGAGGUUGCAUACAGAAGAUGCCGCAGUGGUGUCUGCUGCUCCAGUAGCUGCAACAGAAGCUGUGCCAUCAGCUUAUAACUAUAGCAACUGGUACCAGUACAACUACCAGAAUGCAGGUGCCUGGAACUAUGGACAGUAUUACCAUCCUCCUUCCACCUGAUGACUUA